UCAGUUUACUGCAGCUUCCACUCAGCUGAAAGAAGGAACUGAAACUAGCGUGCCACAUGUGUAUGUGACUCAUAAUCCAUGCAAUUUAGGACGUACGCAGAAGACGCCCACUUCCUCUGCUUCUCUUCUGCACAACAUAAGGAUCAUGGUUGUCGUGUGAAAGCCGAUCGCUGGGAUUCUGAUUUUGUGCCACGGACAGAGUGAAAACGUCUGUUUUUUGACACGUGUGGUCUGAGAGCAGCAGGCUGGACAGGUUCCACGGUUGGUUUGACUGAGUGACACGGAGCGGCAGAAACCGCAGUUUCUCCGGGUAUCAACUGGUGGAGCCUGUGAGUGUGUGUGUGUGUGUGAGUGUGUGUGUGUGUAGCCACGUGCUUUUGCCCAGGUCAGGGACUCUUGGCAGCAGAGUGUGACCCUGAACUCACCACAAAGAGACAAUGAGUGAACUGGAGCAGCUGCGUCAGGAAGCCGAGCAGCUACGCAAUCAGAUCCGGGAUGCCAGGAAGGCCUGUAGCGACUCCACUCUGUCACAGAUCACAGCAGGUCUGGACUCUGUGGGCCGGAUACAGAUGCGGACGAGACGCACUCUCCGGGGCCACCUGGCCAAGAUCUAUGCAAUGCACUGGGGGAGCGACUCCAGUGAAGGCAGUCCCAGGUGUCUUGUCAGCGCCUCGCAGGAUGGAAAACUCAUCAUCUGGGACAGCUACACGACCAAUAAGAUGCAUGCCAUUCCACUGCGCUCUUCUUGGGUCAUGACAUGUGCCUACGCCCCCUCUGGGAACUACGUGGCCUGCGGAGGCCUGGACAACAUCUGCUCUAUAUACAGCCUGAAGACCCGCGAAGGCAACGUGCGCGUCACCCGAGAGCUGCCUGGACACACAGGUUAUUUGUCGUGCUGUCGUUUCUUGGACGACAACCAAAUCCUGACCAGCUCUGGAGACACGACCUGUGCAUUGUGGGAUAUAGAGACGGGACAGCAGGCCACCAGCUUCACCGGUCACACAGGAGACGUGAUGAGUUUGUCUCUAAGCCCUGAUUCCAGAACGUUCGUGUCCGGAGCCUGCGACGCCACCUCCAAACUGUGGGACAUCCGCGACGGCAUGUGCCAACAGUCCUUCACCGGCCACGUGUCCGACAUCAACGCCGUCUGUUUUUUCCCAAACGGAAAUGCCUUUGGCACAGGCUCAGACGACGCCACCUGCAGGCUGUUUGACCUGCGUGCAGACCAGGAGCUGAUGAUGUACAGCCACGACAACAUCAUAUGCGGCAUCACCUCUGUGGCGUUCUCCAAGAGUGGGCGCCUGCUGCUGGCCGGCUACGAUGACUUUAACUGCAACGUCUGGGACACUCUGAAAGGAGAGCGUGCAGGUGUGCUGGCGGGCCAUGACAACAGAGUCAGCUGUUUAGGAGUGACAGAAGACGGCAUGGCCGUGGCCACGGGCUCCUGGGACAGUUUCCUGCGAAUCUGGAAUUAAAGAAACCCCUCCCUGCUGUACUGGAUCUCUGCCCGCUGACCCCUCCUCCCCCUCAGACUCACCCAUCGUCUCCCAGCUCUGAGGGGUGUGUCACGGUGUCAGCCAAACAUCCUCCUCACUCUCGGCCUCCUGUGAUAACGCGUCGACUCUUUCUACCUUUGAAAGUGAUUUUUUUCCACUCAGCCACAGACAUGAGAACCCUGCAGUUUAAAACAGUCACAUUUAGACGCCGUCAAAGACGGGGACACGGUUGGGCCGCAGCAGGUAGGAGCGUCUGUUACAACAGGAGCUACAACAGGUGAGAUCAGUGUUUAAUAUGUCAAUGUAAAUAUGAAGACGGUAUAUAUAUAUGUAUAGCAUUAUGUGUGUAUAUAUAUAUGCGUCAUAUAUGCAUAUAUAAUGUGCAGUUUCUGGUUUUUACCUUUAACUUUUUUUUUUUGGUGAUUUUAGAAGUACAUUCAACACAGGAAAAAAAAAGUUCAUUUUGACUCAUUGAAACAGCGACGACUUAGAAACAAACAGAACAGAAAUCUGCCAACAGUAGUAGCAGAAGAGACGAAACAAAAACCUGUGUUUGUCUGUUCUGAUCUCACUCUUCUCAUUCAUACAGUACGUGUGUGUGUGAUGGUGUGUGUGUGUGUGUGUGUGUGUGGUGCAGGCGGUGGGUAAAAUGUGUUGCUUCCAUGUAAGUAGUGACUUUAAAGUCUCAAAUAUUGUUUGUUUUUGACAAGACGAGACGCUGCCCUCUUGUGGCAACAUUUAGAAAGAGUCACUUUUAAAUCCCGACUUUUGUCUUAGGUUUACUGUGAUCUUUUUUUUUCUCCUCUUUUUUGAAUAUU